AUGGCAGUGCAACGGGCACAGGAGGGCAACAGCCUGCAGGCGAGUUGUCUUGACGACCUCAAAGAAAAUCACGGCGACCAACCGCUUCACGUUGAGGCCAGCAACUCUGCAGAAGAGAAAGACGUCGAAGGGGCCACACCGCCGACAUGGACAAAAGAGGAAGAAAAAAAAGCGUUGAGGAAGCUUGAUUGGAAUCUCAUUCCUUUACUCGGGUCAUUGUAUCUCGUAUCAUAUAUCGACCGUGGUAACAUUGGAAACGCCUACACAGCUGGCAUGGGCCACGAUUGGGGUAUUACAUCUGAGGAUUACUCUUGGAUUGUGACUGUCCUGUACAUCGGAUACAUUUUGUUUCAUUGGUUGAUUUUAGUUUGGACCUUCGUCCCGUUGCCUCUUUGGACGGCCCUAAUGGCGAUCGGCUGGGGCUCAAUGAGCAUGCUUCAGGCGGUAACGCACAACUUCGCUGGUAUCAUGGCGCUGCGGUUUCUUAUCGGGGCAUUUGAGGCUGGUUUUGUCCCAGCCGUUGCUCUGUAUAUGACAUUUUUCUAUCACCGAGGAGAGAUGGGCCUCCGAUAUGGCCUGUUCAUUUCAUUUUCACCUCUUGCCAGCUGUUUUGCCUCUGCCUUGGCAUACGGCCUGGUCACUGUGAAGGCAUCGAUUCCAAAUUGGAAACUUUUAUUCCUCGUGGAGGGCGCCCCUACGAUUCUCCUCGCCGUAGUUGCUUACUUUUACCUACCCCCUUCUCCCUCUCAAUGCCGAUUCCUCGCAGCCCGAGAGAACGAAAUCAUCAGUCUUCGUGCUUUCAAGGGAAGAGGCGAGAAAAGAGAAGGCACCCUUAACUUGAAGCAAGCGUUUGCGGCCUUCUACGACUACAAGAACUACCUUCAGGCGAUGAUCAUCUUUUGCCUCAACACAGCCUUCGGCUCUCUCCCUGCCUAUCUCCCCACCAUCCUCCAGUCGAUGGGUUACACCUCGCUCAACGCACAAGGCUUUUCGGCCUGCCCUUAUCUUUCUGCCUACGUGGUUUGCGUGACCGCGAGCUUUUUGUCGGAUCGCUUCAGAACCCGUGGAAUCUUUGUGGUCUUAUUUUGCUGUGUCGGUGCAGCUGGAUACGUCCUGCUGGCAAUUGUACACACAACUGGCGUGCGAUAUUUUGCCACAUUUCUCGUCUGUGCAGGUGUAUUCCCGGCAGUGGCACUCACUUUUACGUGGGUGACGGAUAACCAGGGCUCGGCUUCGAAAAGAGGUGCUGGACUGGCAAUCUUUGGCAUGGUUGGACAGUGCGGUCCAAUUCUAGGAGCUCGCCUUUUUCCAAAAACCGAGCAGCCUUGGUACUCCAAGGGCAUGUGGAUUUGCGCCGGCAUUUUGUUUGCUGCCGCCAUUCUAGCCACCAUACUUAGUUUGUCUCUGAGGUAUCAAAACAAGAAGCGUGACGAGAAACACGGCAAGAGCGAUUUGGACUAUGUUCCGAGCGAGGUCUCUGACGAGGGCGAUAGCCACCCAAUGUACCGCUAUGUUCCUUGA